AUUUAGCAAUGCAACAGUUUAUGUUAUAGUCUAGUUUAAUAGUUGUACUAUGUACUCGUCUAUUUUCAGGCAGUUUACUGUAUUUUCACAAGAAUCGAAGAGGCUGGAAUUUCUAUUGGCUCUUGCUCCAAAAAGCUGAUCAUCGGAACUUGUGGAAGACACUUCCAGGAAAUAAGUGGUUAUGUGAUUUGAAGUGAAUAGUACAACUGCUUUAUGGAUUACAUAACAAAUUGGAAAAGUGGUGAAAAUAAAUGGAGCUUGGUUGUUUCUGCUCUAGAAGUGCUUGUGAUUUUUUUCUUUGAAGUUUUGUGAUGUAUUCAUAAUUGUGGAUGGAUAUCAGUGGGAAUGUUACAAUGUAACUAAAUGGUAACCAUUAUAAGGACAGAAGUUUGUGGAGCAGCCCUCAUACUUUGAAGGAUUAUUUCCAAGGUGUAUGUGUAUUGUGUUGCAAGACAUUAUUUGGGUAUAAUUUCUGCCCGGAUUAAUCAACAACGAUAGCAUCAUAUAUAGUGAACAUCUCAGAAAAAGAUUUUCAUCCAAUUGGGUGAGGAAAUUUCCUAGUUUGUGAUGGAAGCUAGUCCAUGUGGACUGGUUCUCUAUGCCUACUGCUGUGGGAUAAGCUAGAUGACUAUGGGACAUGGAACCAGUCAGUCAGGACACACCCACUUCCUGUCAUCACUCUUGGCCAGGCUCAUUGGAAUGCUUUUGCUACUGCUUGUCUCGAAUGCUCAAGGGGCCAGAUAUGUGUGGAAAACAGGUCUGUGGAUGGGAUGCCAGCAUCAUAGUUGUGGGGAAGGAGGCACUCAGUACCGGACAGUGUUCUGUGCAGAGGCCGGGGAGUACAACUUCAACACACAGGAUGACUCAAAGUGCAGCAGCCAACGCAAACCUGUUGACAGAAGAGAAUGUUUCAGAGUGUGUGAUAUGCACCAGAAUGAACUACGCUGGGCGGCCACAAUGUGGUCAGACUGUGUGCUCAAUCCAGAGUUUCGCGUGUGUUCAAUCAAAAACGGUAUUCGCUACCGUAACGUUACAUGCGUGUGGCGUCAGACAGGGAAAAUCGAAGACGAUCGGGUGUGUUCGGAAUUUGAACCAAAACCGGACUUACAGGAGCAGUGUGAUUUAAAAUGUCCUCAGGAUUGUAUAGUGACAUCCUUUUCUAAAUGGUCUGAAAGCAACUGUGAUACUUGUUUAAUUGUUAAUAAAACUCGAACGCGAGACCUGGUUGUCCCCCCUGAUCCCAGCAGGGCAGGUAAACCAUGUCCGCCAUUCACCGAGAUGAUUCCAUGUGAAAAUUGUUCCAGUACGUUUACAUAUAGGAUAGGACCCUGGGAGGAGUGCAUUGUGCUUGACGGGGAUUUGAGGGGAACCGGUCAGGUCCAUCCCAUUCUGGGCUACCAAAAACGCAAAAUUCAUUGUAUAAAUAGCGUUGGAAAUGUUGUAUCAUAUCUAAAUUGUGUAGAAUAUUUUCGUUCCACAUUCACUGAGAUCACCCACACCCAGACUUGCAUCAUUCCUCAGGACUGCAUUGUGUCAGACUGGUCCAACUGGUCCCCGCAUAAUGACAGCUGUGUCCUGCCUAAUGGUACAUGGCAGCAGGGUUACAUGGUUAAAACACGCAGCGUAGAACAGGUCCAACUUGGCUCAGGCAAGCCCUGUCCAGCUCUUAUCCACUACUUUACAAUCGAUCCAGACAAUGAGGUUCCUUGCUUCAGCAUGAUAGGAUCAGAUGAUGGAAUAAAACCCAUGACUCAUUGGCGUAUGACGGGCUGGAGUGAAUGCCGGGUACCAGACGGCAGCUACAGUUGUACAGUCGGGCUACAGACCCGGCGGGCCAUAUGUGUACAAGAGUACGAUGCUGGAAAGGAGAGGCCAGUGCCUGACAACCAUUGUGAGGAGCGACGACCCCUGACCUCACAGACAUGUCGUGCCCUUUGUGACCUUGACUGUGCCGUCUCAAAGUGGUCAACAUGGUCCGAGUGCAAGGUCACGGACUGUGAACUCUACAUGAGGCGCAAACGUACCAACCAGGGCACAGGUCAAAGGUAUCGCACCAGAGAGGUCCUCGCUUUGCCCCAUGGUGGAGGCAUCAUCUGUCCACACAUAGACGAAACCCAAACGUGUGAUCCCCAGCCCUGUUAUAGAUGGAACAUCACAACUGGACAGUGUCACCUCCUUAACCCUACCAUAUCCCCCACAUGUGGACUUGGCAUUGCCUACCGGACUUUGUCCUGCAUAAACAAAAAAGGGUUCACUGUGGACAAUUCACUCUGUGAGGAGAUCAGUGAGACUCCAGAUCUUAAGCAAGACUGCACCAUUCCCUGCCCUGAGGAUUGCAUUCUCUCCCCAUGGAGCCCUUGGUCCCCCUGUAGGGGCCUUUGUCAAGAAGGAAAGAGCACUCCAGCUGUACAGACCAGGGAGAGGUCCAUAUUGGCUCAGUCUGGUGUGGGAGGCAAGGGCUGCCCAACCAACCGCGAGCUGACUGAGGUUCGUAUCUGUCCAACCACGAUUGAGUGUGCAAUCUACGUGUGGAGGGCGGAGCCAUGGGGAGCCUGCAUGCUGAAUGAGAGCAGGACAGAGUGUGGCAGGGGUGUACAGACUCGUGAGGUCAGCUGCUAUAAUCUCAGUGGACAGCCUGUCACUGACCAGAGGUGCACUUUUAAGGUCCGCCCCUCCUUGACCAUAGACUGUCAGGUCCCCUGCCCAAUCGACUGUGAAGUAACGGAGUUCUCUGAUUGGUCAUUGUGCAGUGCUUCAUGCUGGGAAGCCCGACAGACAGUACCCAUACAGACCCGGGUACGCCACAUUCUCCAAGAGCCUAGAUUUGAUGGCCGAGCGUGUCCCAGUAAAUUAAUAGAGGUUCGGAGGUGUAAUAACUACACGCUAUGUACAGGCUUUUACUGGCACCUGGGUAACUGGAGUGCCUGUACCCUGCCCGCUGACAAGAUACCUCUGUGUGGGAUCGGGCUACAAGCUAGAGACAUAUCCUGCAGACAACACAAUGGGAGCCUCAAGGCAUUGGACGAGUGUAUCCGGCGCUUGGGCCCACUACCUGAUGUUACCAAGACCUGCUACAAGUCAUGUGAUGAGGAAUGCUCCUUGACACAAUGGAGUGAGUGGAGCUUGUGUAUCAGUGGAUGUGACGGCUCACGUUUCAGGACCAGAGAAGUUAUUGUUGAUGAGAUGAGACCCACCAGCUCUGUGUGCCAGGACCCAAGAUUCUACCCAGUCUACUGGCUUGAGAAGUGCCUCUGUGAAACCCACCAGCCCAUCGCCAUUGGCAACUGGUCAGAAUGUAUCCUGGAGCCUGAAUACUCCCGUUCCUCUAGCCCAUUUCAAGAAUACAAUAAAGAGGAGUCACUUGAGGCCCUUCCACCAACUCAGGUAUCCCGGGGUUAUGGAGUGGCCUCUAUCUGUGGACAGGGCCUCAGUUACCAGGUUCUAGCCUGUCAAAAUGACAAGGGAGAGGUGGAAGCUGCUAACCAGUGCUCUCUAAGACCUCACAAGGAGCACCGCUGCUUGAUCACAUGCCCUGUUGACUGUGUGAUGUCCGACUGGUCGGCGUGGACAGAUUGCAGCACAUCAUGCGGAACUGGUGUACAGAUGAGGUAUCGCCACGUCAAGCAGAACCCUGCAGAGGGAGGCAGGCUCUGUCCUACUAUUGACUCUGGGGGCAAGGAGACCCAAACACGUAUCUGCACAAUGGAGUGUGUAAUGUUUGGCUGGCGAACGUACCGGUGGGACCUAUGUCUGCCUGCAACGUAUGGGAGCGUCUGCGGCAAUGGGACACAGUCACGAAGGGUCAGGUGUGAGGAGCACAGUGACAUUGGAUUUACAGGGGAUGAGCCAGUGGAUGAGUUCAUGUGUAUAGACCAGUACAGACCUCCCAUUCGUCGCCCCUGUUACUCCCCGUGUGUGGGAGAGUGUGUGGUUACUGAGUGGUCCGAGUGGUCAAUGUGUAAACAGCCAUGUGUAGACCCAAACCAGGUCCAGCACCGUAUCAGGUCCGUGUUACGUCGUCCCAAUGGCAACCCCAUAUACACAUGUCCUCUAUUGAGGGAGGAGCGCUUCUGUAUUAGAGGAGAAAACUGCCUUGAAUACAGCUGGGUGAUGACAGAAUGGACCACUUGUCUUAUAAACAAUGGCUCUGAUACUUGUGGGGUGGGGCACAGGGAAAGGUACCCCAUCUGUGAAGACCACAAUGGCAGAGUGGUGCAGAACAGUGUGUGCUUCAAGGCCCUGGGCCAGUGGGAGGAGCAAACUGUGAUGACAUGUGAGAUUGCCUGUGACCUUGACUGUCUGUUGACCUCCUGGUCGCCAUGGAAUGACUGCAGUGCCACAUGUGACCUUGGGGAACAGGUAAGAACUCGUGACAUUGUUGAAAAACCUCGAGGCAAUGGCAGAAAAUGUCCCCCAGAGUUGGAACAGCAUAAGCCCUGCUUUCUGCGGGGGUGUUACCAGUGGUUUGUCUCUGAUUGGUCGGAAUGCACCAAUCACAAAGGAGUAUGCGGUUACGGGGUUCAGACCCGGAAUAUUACUUGCAUGUCAAGCAGUGGACUUCAAGUGAAUGACUCUAACUGUGACCCUGACCUUGAUGUCAUCAUCCUGUCAAAUGAGCGCAGAUGUCGUAUCCCUUGCCCAGGGGAGUGUGUAAUGUCAGACUGGACGGAGUGGAAUGCCUGCUUCAUACACUGCAAGGAUUUUGAGAGACCAAGAUACACUAGAGGUGUCCAGAGCCGUUCCCAGGCGGUGCUAGCUUAUGCUCAGGAGAAUAAUCCCCCCUGUCCAGACCAACUGUGGGAGAGUCGCCCCUGUGAAGCCUCUCACUGCUUCACGUUUGAUUGGCAAACAUCCGAAUGGAACGCCCAGCAGACCCGACACGUCUGGUGUGAACGAUCAGAUGGUCUUGCUGUUACAGGAGGUUGCAGUGAACAUUCGCUCCCAGAGACCCGUCUGUCAUGUCAGCCCGCAUGCAACAUACCGGGCUCGUACUGUAACGACACAAACACGUGCGUGUGUAAACCCCGUCAUAAACCCGGAUACAACAGGCUUCAUGUGCUUGUCGAGUGUAUAAGGAUGGAUAACACAACCAUAGCCUCACCCGUACCGAAUUCAGUUACACUCCCAACCUUGGACUAA